AUGGAUACCUUCCAUUCAAAGGGCCUGAUGGCAACCGUGUGCCAUCAUGAUAUUCCCCUCUUCCUAUGUGACAUGUGCACUCGGGGCAAAUGGCAACACUUCUCAGUUGCCAUGCUCAUCGCACUCAGCUGCCAACUCCCCUCAAACGCCACCAUUGGACUGAUGUAUGACGUUGGGUGCAUUCUUGAUCGAUCCGUGGCCAAGUAUAAUCUUAUCCCUGAAAUUGCCCCCAGAUUAAGCAUCGCAGUUUCAGUCUUCCAUGCUUAUGCCCAUCAAUUCUGUUGUCAAAUCGCGUUCCACCCAUGGAAACGCAACGGGUUUGGGAAGUCAAAUGGGGAGGGAAUGAGCGGUUAUGGUCCUCAAUGGUUGACAUGA